GUCGGCAACGGCAGGAGCGGAGAAGCAUGAGUGACAUGCGUACUUCAUCAAAUCAUUCCAAGAACGAUAGCUCCACCGAUGAUUCUAAUCACAAAAUCAUCGUCGUCGUCUGUGGUUUGGCGAAUUUACGGUGUUCUGCCGGGUGCCGCCUUGACUCCGCCUGUGGAAAACAUGAGCGAAAUGGGUUCUAACAUACCAGUAACACUAAUACCAAAGUCAGAAAUUUGAUCGCUGUCACAUGAAAGUUGAAGAGAGCUAUAAAAAAUAAUGGCCGUGAAACAUUUAGUCGGAGUGAUUUUUGUCUUAGGAUGUCUUGCUUGGAGAAGCAGCGCCUCUCACGAUGAAGGUAAAUUUUUAGAUUUCAAAAUAACGUUAAGUAACUCUGCUUUUAAUUAAAUUUCGUGGCUUGGCGGAGGGAAAGAUAGCGCAGUUUGCGAAACGUUCGGCGUUUGAAAGUCAAAACGUGAUUCAUAGCACCCCAGUUUCAAGACCCCAGCCGGCUCGCGAACAUUGUUGUUACAAACAGCGAGCCCAAAGCGCGUAUUUGCGUGAAAAGCUUGCUUGCCUUUUUGUCAAGGGAUGUUUGAUUUGGGGGAAAGGAUAAUCACUUGUAGUUUAGCCUCCAUAUUAUGAGUUGUCAGCGGCGGACCAGUCCCGGAAAUAUUGAUUGAAGAAGUCCAAACUUUGUUUCAGAAAGGAGUGUUGAACUUUUUUGUGGCAAAUUACUUCUCACGGAGACGACCACGAGUUUUUCUAUCUGUGAACGCCUCUGGAUCCGUCACUGGUUGUUUAGCCCCCGGGCACGAAGCAGAAAAGCCAGAAAAGUCUUGUUUCCCUCAUACAUGUAUUGAAUGAACGACCUCCUGCGAAAAUAAUUAAAACCAGAAACUACAAGAGUUUCAACAAAACAAAUUUCCAGCGGGAUAUUUCUUCUGCACCUUUUCAUGUUGCCUCUAUCUUCAAAACUAUGGGCUUGGAACAAGGUAUUUUUUGAGGUGUGUGAUCAACACGCACUUCUUAAAGACGUAAACUCAGAGGCUCCUCGCCUACUUGGAUUACUAAUACUCGAAACGCAAAUGACUAGCGAGAACAAGCCAGCUUGGGUAGCCAAUCAGAACACAGGAUCCGCUUCGCCUUAUCCGCCAGCAGAUUAAGCUAUGAAUUUUAAUAGCUUCCUUAAUGCGUUUUUUUAAGUCACACAAAGGGUUGUGAGACGGCUGAAAUUCAGGCUUUGCAGUGUUUUAUGAAAAAGUUCCGUUUCAGUGGCUCACAUUUAUCAGGAUAGAAGGGGUGGGGGGUGGGGGGGGAGUGUGGUCAAAUCUAUCAAAAGGAUUUCCACUGACGCAUUUUUGGCUACGCACGUUAACGCACGUAAAUUUUAAUCACGUAAGUAAAAUAGAGGCAAGAUAUUACUGUAAGUGUUGAGAUUGAACGUGAAGUUGAGGGAGGUUCUACUUUUACGCUUACUUGCGACCUUUCAUAUAAUGCCUUUAUUUUAUUUGCGAACGUAACUUUUGCGCACGUACGCACGUAAAAAUUACGUGACAGUGGAAAUCAACUCUAACGCAGGCUACUUAACUUUGAGCUUUUAUGAUCUAACAGACUCUGCUACCAAAAAGUUAGAUGAACUUUUUGAGAUUAUCUCGAACUCUUUGGCGGGAAAUGACGAAUGUAAAGAUACGGAUUUACCAGGCGACUGCACCAUCACUUCCGACUGCCUCAAGAUCACAUGUAACGCGCACUUUGGUGGGAAAACCAUAACUUUGACAGUAAAGGUCAACAGGUAAUGAAAUAUAGUAGUUUUUAGUCUGCAGUGCAGGCGUAAUUUGGGCCGGCGAAAGCUGGUUGUUUAUUGUCGCACUGUUGAAACCGCCAUCUUUGAUGUUAUGACGGAGGAAGGGAGAGGGAGAGUAAAAAUAGUAACCCUUAGGGUAGGUGUUAGGGUGAAAGAAGAAAAGGGGGGAGGGGAAGGGAAGCCUAACCCCAACCCUAAUCUCUUCUCUCUUCCCGCCGCCAACCCCUCUCCUUUUGACUCGCCCCAUUUUGUCCUCUCUUUUCGAGUUUCAACGUGGCGCUUUCGCGAGCAAAACACUCGCGCGCCCGAGGGAAACGCUUGCACUGCAGGAUAGGUUGAUUUGAUUUUUUUGGACAGAUUAAAAAUAAUUUUGAGAUACUUACUUCUAGUAUAAAAUGGCAUGUCCAUGAAGUAUUUAUGUUUUCACAGUCUUAACUAUAUUUUCCUAUUAGGCACUCGUGUAAUAAUGGGUCUAAUUGCCUGCUAUACCGGAAGUUUAUAUCAAAACCAAGUUUUGCGCAUGCGUUAUUGACACUCUAGGUGCGAUGAACCGGUCACCGUGACGAUAAAUGUGAAAGUGAAAGGAGAUGACGUGGAUUGGACACACGUGUUUACAUCCGGGGACGAGCUGGCCGUGCCGGGACUGGGCAUAGAUGUGAAAGGAGUCGCUAAGGCUGGUUUGUUUAUUAGAGUGAAGCUGGAACCUGAUGAUAACAUACUGACAGUAAAGGUUUGUGAUUGGUUACUUAUUAGGGCCAUUUAUACGAGGAAAAAUAAGACGCGUCUUAAAUAAGACACGAACUUUCCGUAUAAACGGCACCUUUCGUCUAAAAUAAGACGCGGCUUAGCUAAGACGCGUCUUAUUAGAUAAGACAUGCUCGUAUAAAUGGUACAGUUCGCGUCUUAUUUAAGACGCGUCUUAUUUUUCCUCGUAUAAAUGGCCCUAGUGAUGUAGCCGUGUCGAAGGGGUUAGAGGGAAGGGGCAGAAACUGAAAAGUUCAUCAAAAUCGGCUUUUAAGAAACACACCAAUAAGUAUUCGAGGUAGCAGUUACCUGCAAACAUUUCAAAUGCGCUGGAAAUCUGGAAUAUGUAUUUUUGACUUACUGAACGAGAGAUACGGAAAAUCUGUUUGAGCGAGAUAAUCUGUCGAAAUCUGCGUUCACAGCUCCUGGAUUUGCAUUCCCUACACUUUACAUAGCCGUUAUUCCAUCAUAAAGCAUCCAUGGUGGAAGAAGGUCUCAAAAUUACGUUGCAGCUACGCUAUAGUUUUUCUAAGUUUGACAUUACACAGCUAACUUGAAUGAGUUUUAAGUUUCUUCAACGCCAUCUGUCCCUUUUACAUCCACAAGACACGUGUUGUAACUUUAGUCGAUGUUCAUAGUGUGAGAAAGAGAGGGCGUUGGUAAACACUUGAUGGACGUGACCGAAAGUACAUUUAGCAGUGCUAACUGCUGUAGAUGUCUAUGUUUUCUUAAUCUUAUUAUCCAGGUUAUUCUAGAAGGAGGAACUAAAGUCGGUUCAGUAACAUUCUUUCCUUUGAAGAUGACCAUGGUGACCCAAAAGCUGCCCAUUUCCACAGCCUACUGUGGUAAGUAAAAAUACCCGCAGAAAUUGUUACAUCCUUAAAUUUUGUCUUUUUCGCGUUGUAAUGUACUAAUGGCUCAUCACUCAAGCCAACAAACCUCGUUUCCAGUAUCUCUCUUCUGAGAGGAGUGAGAGCGCGAACGGACCGGAGGAAACGACAUACUGGGAACGAGGUUUGUUUGGAGCAGAAACUUUGCGUGGCAAAUAAGUGACUUCAUACAAUGAUUCAGUCUUGUUUAUGUAGCGAGUGGUAAAGAAAUACAUAUUUCCAGCGAUAUAAGAUUCCGUACGAUUUUGACAUCUCACCAUUUAGCUUACUUGAAAGGCGUAUAGCUAAAGCAGGUGGGGGGGAGACAAAACCCAGCUACAAAUCACUGGCGUGAGUAAACCGAAGACAUUUCUGAGAAACGAGCGCAGAGAUGACUCGUCGCUACUUAGAUCUGGGAAGUGCUCCUGAUUGGCUGAAGCAAUUUUCCCGCGCAGCACGACCAAUCAGAAGCACUUCCCAGAUCUUGGUAGUGACGCGUCAUCAGUAUGGAAUUUCUGCAGUCGUUUCUCAGACGUCGUUUUCCCAGGGGAAACUAGUGGCGGGUGGCGUCGCAAAAUGUCGGCUGUUUUCCCAGGCUAACAAAUCUUCGCCUUAUCAUUUUGACCCAUUUCACAUUUUUUCUUUUUUUUUCUGUCGGUAGGAUUUGUUCGCUGGUGGGAAGCGCGUAACACCGCUGUGCGCAUAGUGCUAGUGUUGGUGUUCCUGUUGCUGGUGCUGUCAAUCAUCACAGGGUUUAACUGCUGUUGUUGUUGUUGUUGCUGCUGUAGACCCUGCCGCAGAAAAAGGUUAAGAUUCAUUAUGUAAUCACUGAUGUUAAGGUUUUUUUCACCCCCGACACUUCUCUACCGAAAAACCCCUCACCCCACCCCGCGAAGAAAAAGGAGGAUGCACAAAGGUUGAGGAGGGCAUCUUUCCCACAAUUCCACACACGACGGGCUUGAUCUCAGUUUAAUUCAAAGACGACAGACGGCAAGUUGUUGUUGCUGGACUGAAUAUCUUUAAGUCGCAACUGUGUAUCACUGAGAAGGAUGCCUAAAAUCAGUGUUUUCAUAAUAAUAAUUCAUUAUUUAUUAGGCGCAAAAUAGCAUUCAAAUAUAUGAUCUAAUGCACAUUACCACAACCGAUUGGAGAAGCCACCCACAAUGUCAGCACAGUUACUAAACUAGAAAGGUGUAUUAGUUACGAGAACAGUCCAAAGUAAAUGCAAUGCGUUAAAUAUUGUACCCUUGAAAAUGCACUUGUCGUGCAUGCCGCUAGGUUGUGGUACAGUAAUAUAGACAUAAAUAACAAAACAGCAAAGAGAAAAGCAACUUUAGGUUUGCCGAUAUUGUUGUACAGUAGAUUAUCUUUCAGCAGAUAAGCAGUUUAGCAGUGAUCAACAUAAGGCUGGAGUCAUCCUGAACUGUAAAUGGUAGUUAGUAAGAAAUGUGGCCAGCAUCUCGCCUCUAAAGAGUCGAUCACUUCUUUUGUCUAUUCUAAUUGAAUAACUGCUUUUCACUCUUUCGCAGGUCGCUGAUCAUCAUUUAAAGGAGAAAAUUACGGAUCCUUCCUAUGUACAUUCAUACGCUCAUAAUUUCUUGAUAUUUAAAGUAAUUAAUUCCGCGGUUGAAAAAAUUCAUAUGGCUUCUGUUAACUAAGCAGCAUGGGGAAACUUAAUCCGUGAUUGUCACCACAGGUAGCCCAAGCUCGAAAUUGUUGCGUAACAUUCAAAAUAUAAGGAUUUGUAUGGGAAAAAAACCUAUCGUUUCUGAAACCUACGAAAAUGAAAGGAUUUCAAUAAAAAACAGCUUACCUCACUUAAACUGUGCGUUACGUCUCUCCUGUGUGGUUCAAACCGUUUACAUAAAAACCCAUAAAACGGCCAUAAAUCGGCCCGUGGACCACACAGGAGAGACGUAACACACAUUUUAAAUAAGGUAAGCUGUUUUUUUUGUUGAAAUCCUUUCUUUUUCGUAGGUUACGGAAACGAUAGGUUUUUUCCCAUACAAAUCCUUAUAUUUUGAAUGUUACGCAACAAUGCCGAUGCUCGCGAUGCUCAUAUUUCGAACUUGGGCUGCCUGUGUUGUCACUAGUGGCUUGGUGACUACUGGUGACAUCAUCGUCGUCCAAGGAUCAGUGUCACUACUUGUAAGCAUAAUUUGUUUUUUCGACAGUGAUAUUUAUCCGCUUAGUAUUUUAAAAACUAAUUAUUUAGGGGAAUUAAUCACGACAUGUGUAAAUGAUAGUAUGAUUAUUUAAUUCAGUGUUGUCGGUAUUAGUAUUUUUUUGUCUAUGAAGUGAAUAAAGUUUAUUGAAACGAUGUACGAAAGUACAGUGUAAUAAAAUUCUUUUAGCGCUCAAUCCCUGUAUGGUGAAGAGACUUAACAAAAACAAGCAAAUCUUGAAUGAUAUUAUGAUGACCUAACCUUGUAAUAUCCUGGUAUCUCCGUUAAAAAGACAUGCCUUAAUAUUCAAAACAAGACGAAAUAUUUAACUAUACUUUGCGAAAAAGACAAAACAAAUUAAAUAACAAACAAAAAUCCAAUCGAAAGUUUUACUCUAAAUUCCAUGUACAUGUGUACAACCCCGCAACUGAAAAGUGUACACUGUAUCAGGGAAUAUAACAAAAAUAUCGUUCGUUAAGCAAAGUGUUAGCUAUAUAAGAAUAUUUUGAGCAUUUAAAAAAAAUCUCUCAUCAGAUCACAAAACGCAUUUUUUUGUAAUCAGUAACCAUGACGAAUUUCACAAAUAAACAUGACCGCAUGUAAUAUCAAUUGCAUGAAUAUUCAAAUUUCUCGGAUCUGAAUAUUUAAGCAAAGCAAUCUCGAUGGGUUUGCUGUGUAAGUUUGGCACAAUGUCGCCCAAGUUGUCGAUUGGUUUUGCGGUCUUCUGCAUUCUUUCCUCUGUUAUAGGUACGUUUUUCAGUCAAAAACCGAGUUUUAAUUAUAUAAUUAAUUGGAUGUAAGCUCUAUAAGAACAUGGCCUCUUAUGGUACUAGAAAUUUAUUCACGUUUGUCAUUGAACUGUGGCUCGCAAAUGUGGAAAGGCGACAGGCUUUGUCGGAUUUUAGCAAUGAGUUCUGUUUUACUCUGGUACCUAGAAGUAUGUUUUCCUUUUCGGAGGAGGGAUUCAUUGUAAACUAAGGCUUUGAGGUUUGUUAUUUAGAUCACUGACUACACCCAAUUUCAACGACGCAAGUAGUAUUUAUGAAAGGCACUCUUGAAUAAUAUGUGAUGCGGGCUGCGAGCUGAUAUUGGGGAAAUAUUGAACGUUUUCCUGUAAAAUCACGGACGAAAAAACUCUAAAACUUCCAUGGCGCCUGAAAUUUUAUUGUUUAGGUUUCAAACAAUCAUUGAAAAGUCAUUUGAUUUGAAACCAUAUCCACUGUACAGCCCCAAACGAAAACAUUUCUUCUCGUUUAAAAUUUAUUGUCUUUUGUGAAGGACAUAAAUUUUAAAUGACUCUUGCCUGUGUUUUUCCAAAGCUACUUGCUCGCGCCUUUUUUGAAACUUGAGGGCCUGUAUUUCUCAAAAUCUUGGUGUUAAAUGGAAUUUUUUUGCAUUAUUUGGAAGGUGUUACAUGUAUUAUUCUAUAUGCGAAAGUUCGAGCAGAACUUAUAUUUUACGAGCUUUUGAAUUCGCGCCAGCAAAUAUUUAAACAAAAGUUUGUUUUCAUGAAAUAUUCAUCCUCUUAUGUUGUAACAUCGUAUGAAUGAUGCUGUCCUUAUAAAAUAUUACACUUUUCACAAAAUAAUAAAUUACAAUUCAGGAUUUGAAGAAACAACCGCAUAAAGAAGGAAAGGCCCUCUCGAGAUUAACUUUGAAAUGUAAAUUAAGUCUAACAUGUGAACAGGUGAUUACGCUUCUCACAUGUUAGUUUUUGUGAAUAGUGGUAACCUGCUGUACGCAUUAGCUGUACGUUGCCUGGCUUAGCCUGCUAAGCAAGUAUUCUCCAUGCAGCAAAUAUAUUGAACAAAGCUGGGAUCGUACAUGUACUCUGGUCGCUUUUUGCUGAUGUGUGACGAGCGCAUUAUUCCACCCUUUAGUUUCGUUGUUGCUGCCUUGUUGUUAUUUGUUGUUGUUGCUGCUACAA